GGACAGUGCAGCCAAAGAGAGAUGCAAGGCUAAUUUUAAACGUGGUCCCACUGUAUAAAGUCUGGAAAGUGUUUGCCUGGUUUGUUGAUACGUAGUGGCUCAUGGUGGAGAAAAAGACAAAAGGACAAAGUGAAAGAUUGAGAGUAAGGGAGAGGAGGAGACCAGGAUGGUGUGAAUACACCAUUUGUUCACCCCCCCUCGUUGUCCUCGUUGGCUUUGCUUGGUGCCUAGCGUAUAGGGCCCAAAGAUGCAAGGACUGGGAAAGGCAGACAGAGGAGACCAGGGUCGGGACAUCGACCUGACAUCGCUGAGAUCCACCAUGCCGGCCGGCGGCCCUCUCCAGGGAGGUUCACCCGCUAGCUUGAACAUGAACCUUUACGCCACGAAGAAGACAGCAGCAGAAGGCAUGUUGGACAUCGCUCUCUUUCUGGCAAACAUCACGCACAUGAAGACUGUCAUUGAGCAGGGGGCUGGAUAUAGGUACUACAUUGCUGUCCUGACACUCAUUUCCUUCUCCCUGGCUCUUCAGAUUGUGGCUGGAGUGCUCAUUAUCAUAAUUGCUCGCCUUGAGCUGACCCGCCUUUCUUCUUGUCGAAGAUGGCUAGAGUUCUUGAACAAUGUCAUCACCGGCAUCGUCUUCCUCACUCUCCUUGUAAACAUCCUCAAAGCUGCCUUCGGCACACAGCGCAGCUGCUUCCUGGGAUGGCUGCUUCAGCGCUUCAUUCUAUGAGCUGAUGCACAGUAUGUCACACUUACUGUUCAUAAAUACUUAAGAAAAGCUCCGAAGUGAAUUAUGUUGGUGUAAUUCUUGUUUUAAUCACUAGAUGGCACUAUUUACAUUUUUAAGGUUGUAGCACCUGGUGACUACAGAUUUAGGAUCUUUGGUCUCUUUUCUUUCCAUUUGCUGUAUAAAUAAUAAAAAACUUAAUUCAUUGGAAGAAAAUCAGAAAACCUGCACCUCAAAAAAGUUUUAAAAAACAACCUUGAAAGUUAAAAAAUUGAUAAUUAAGCAGGUAUUUGUAACUUUUGAAUUAAUUUACCAUUUGCUUUUUUCUAACAUUUGCAAUUUUAUGUAAAACAAUGACUUGCACUUUAACUUUUUGCUAUUGUUUUUUCUACAUUUUUAUUCUGCUCUUUUCGUUUAACAGCUAUUUUAUUGUGCCAAAUCAAUGUGUUUUUUAACUUUCUAUUUUAGAAUAAUUAGGGGUGUAGAGAUUAAUCAACUUAAUUAAUGAAUCAAUUUAUAUUCCUACGAUCCAAUUAGAUUGAUCUGUCUGAGGAAAGUUGUUACAAACUAUACAAUUAAAAAAAUUAAAAAUGAAAUGAAUCCAUUAUGUUGACAUUGGAAAAUACCAUUUGGACUGAAGCACAGAAGGUUCAUUUUAUUAUAAACAAAAAAAAAUUGGAUAUAUGAAGGCAACAAAAAAUGAUCAAGCCUUCAUCACAGUCUAAUGUGUGGAAACACUUUGAAUUUUACACAGACGUGACCAUACAAUGUGAUAAAAUAUUCUAAUAAUGUUCAUUUUGUCUUAUUUUGAUGUGGAACAGUGAGCUGAACUUUAUGGAACCAAAAAGUGAAUUGAAUUCUUGUUUACUUGUUUGUUUGUACAUUAAUUGAAACUUGAUUAUCCUUUAAGAAAUACAAUAAAUCUGGAACACGUAACCUGCACUCUUCAGUUUUAGGUAUUUAGCUCUGAUUCACACUAGUUAAAUCUUUGUCUAACAGUGUUCUUAAAAUAAAUCAUUAUACCCCUAACAACAAUGCUUUUUUCAGAACUGUUUACAUUUUUUAGCAAUAAAAUGUUCUUAUAAUUUAUGUAAACUACAUAUUAAAAGGGCUCAAAUCUGCAA